CAAAACCCUCUUUUUUUUCUUCCGAAACCCAGAAGAAACCCUCUGGCGGCUGCGAGACCCGUUGGUUCCUCUUCGCCCCCUUCUCUCUCUCUAUCAUUUUCUUGGGUUUUCCCUUUGAUUUUCCGCCUCUAAACCCCUCCAUACCCUCUUCCUUGUGUUGGGAUUUUGGGAUUUUAGGGUUUUCAUAUACAGUUGUUCCCUCUUCCGGUUUGCUGCUGCUUUUGUGUCUCUCCGAGAUCUACUAUGGCUACCGUUGCUUCCCCUCCUUCUACGGAUCAAGCUGCAGAUUUGCUGCAGAAGUUGUCAUUAGAUUCUCAGGCGAAGCCUGUUGAGAUUCCAGAGCCAACAAAAAAGCCAUCCGCUAAUCAAUAUGGGUCCGUUGAUUCGGGCAAUGGUGUUAUUGCUCAGAUUCCAACUGAACGGUCUGUGACUCCAUUUUUACAGGAUUUCGUGGAUCCAGCCCUGUGCUAUCUUCACAAUGGAUACCCAUCGUAUUACUAUGGAGGUUAUGACGGGACUGGCAAUGACUGGGGGGAUGAUUAUUCAAGGUAUUCAACUUCAGAUGGGGUUGAUAUGACUUCGGGAGUUUAUGGAGAUAAUGGUUCUCUUAUGUAUCAUCAUAGUUAUGGAUAUGGACCUUAUGGUCCUUAUUCACCUGCAGCUUCUCCGGUUCCCUCUAUGGGGAAUGAUGGUCAGCUGUAUGGGCCUCAGCACUACCAAUAUCCUCCAUAUUUCCAACCUCUUACUCCAACCAGUGGGCCUUAUACUCCUAGUCCAACAACAGUUCCUCAAUCACAGGGAGACAUUUCAACCUCUGCAGCCACUGAGCAAAAGCCAUUACCUGUAGAAACAGCUAAUCCAAAUGGUACUGCUUUGGCAAAUGGUGGGGGAACGAAGGGAAACAAUGGCACAGCUCCCAUAAAAUCAACUUAUCAAAAUUCAGCAUAUGGUUCAAAUGUUUCAUAUGCCAGAGGUGCGAUGCCAGGACAUAUCCCUACUUCGGGUUAUCAGGACCCCAGAUAUGGGUUUGAUGGUUUGAGAUCUUCUUUCCCAUGGUCAGAUGGUCCUCUUUAUUCAGAUGGACAGUCUAGGCUUGUCAACAGCUCUACAAUUAACUCUUCUAUUACAAAUGCCAACAACAUGCCUUCUUCGAGGAAUCCAAAUUACCGUCCCAACACUCAUUAUGUAGGUUUCCCUCAUCCUAGACCAAUGUCUGGUAUGAAUACCACCCAGGGAUAUAUAAAUAGGAUGUACCCUAAUAAGUUGUAUGGUCAGUUUGGAAACACAGUCAGAUCUGGUGUGGGGUUUGCUUCUCAUGGUUAUGAUUCACGAUCUAAUGGGCGUGUGUGGCUGGCGGUGGACAAUAAAUAUAAGCCAAGGGGACGAAAUGGUGGUUACUAUGGUUAUGGUAAUGAGAACAUGGAUGGCUUGAACGAGCUGAAUAGGGGACCGAGAGCUAAGGGUAGCAAGAACCAGAAGGGAUUUGUGCCCAGUGUUCUAGCUGUGAAGGGACAGUUUUUACCCACCAAUGCAACGGAAGAGGAAGAAAAAGAUAAGGUGUCUACCCCUGACCGGGACCAAUACAACAAAGCAGAUUUUCCGGAGGAAUACUCUGAGGCCAAAUUCUUUGUUAUUAAAUCAUACAGCGAAGAUGAUGUUCAUAAAAGCAUCAAGUAUAAUGUUUGGGCUAGCACACCUAACGGCAACAAGAAACUUGAUGCUGCAUACCAGGAAGCUCAAGAGAAGCCCAAUGGUUGCCCUGUUUUCCUCUUCUUCUCGGUUAAUACUAGCGGGCAAUUCGUUGGACUUGCGGAGAUGGAAGGACCUGUCGACUUCCAGAAGAACCUGGAAUACUGGCAACAAGACAAAUGGAAUGGCUGUUUCCCUGUUAAGUGGCAUGUAGUGAAGGAUGUACCCAACAGUCUUUUGAAGCACAUCAUUCUUGAGAACAAUGAGAAUAAGCCUGUUACCAAUAGCAGGGAUACGCAGGAGGUCAAGCUGGAGCCAGGACUUAAAAUGAUAAAAAUAUUCAAGGAGCACGUGAGCAAAACGUGCAUUUUGGACGAUUUUGGUUUUUACGAGGCCCGACAAAAGACAAUUCAAGAGAAGAAAGCCAAGCAACAACAGUUUAAGAAGCAGGUCUGGGAAGGAAAGCCUACUGAUGAGAAGAAAGAAGGAUCUGAGGUAGU